CCGCUCCCACCUGAGACUGCUCGACUGAAUGCCCACACAGCUCAGGGUCAGGCACCGGGUCUGCAGAUGGCCCCGCUGCCAGGGGCAGAGCUGGUCCAGAGGCCGCUGCAGCUCUACCGCUACCUGCUGCGCUGCUGCCGGCAGCUGCCCACCAGGGGCAUCCAGGAGCACUACAGACAUGCUGUCAGGCAGAGUUUCCGGGUUCAUGCAGAUGAAGACAACCCUGAGAGAAUCCAGCAGAUUAUUAAAAGAGCCAUCGAAGACGCAGACUGGAUCAUGAACAAAUAUAAAAAACAGAACUGAGCCCCCAGGCCGGGAGCGCGAAGCUGUCUACGACAUGGAAGUGGACAGGCCUCUCUCCUGGAACUAGCCAGCAGCAGCAGCGUGGGACCGACCAUUGGCGCUGCUGGCCGAGACAGGAAGGCAGGAGGAGAGGCUCAGGCGGCUCCUCUCCCUUGCCUGCGGCCCAGCCUCCCGCGUGCUUGUCCUUCUGCCGCUUAUGACCUUAUGACGUGAGAUGAGGGGUGGGGGGAGGGCGCGUGUUUGCGGUGCUCUGAGAGAGACUGA